AUGGCGGGAAUGACCCAAAUAGCCAAAGACGAGUCCGGCCGCCCCUUCAUCAUCGUCCGCGACCAAGGCAAGAAAAAGCGCUCCCACGGCACCGAAGCGGUCAAAAACCACAUCCUCGCCGCCCGCACCAUCGCCAACAUCGUGAAAACCUCCCUGGGCCCCCGAGGCCUCGACAAAAUCCUCAUCUCCCCCGAUGGCGACAUCACCGUCACAAACGACGGCGCGACCAUCAUGGGCCAGAUGGAGAUAAGCAACCACAUCGCCAAACUCCUCGUCUCCCUCUCCCAAUCCCAAGACGCCGAGAUAGGCGAUGGAACGACGGGAGUCGUGGUCUUAGCAGGAGCACUCCUCGAGCAAGCCGCCGAACUAAUAGACAAGGGCAUCCACCCGAUCCGCAUCGCCGACGGCUACGACGCAGCGUGUGAAGUCGCGGUGGCCGAGUUGGAUAAAAUCUCCGACGAAAUCACCUUCUCCCGCACCGAUACGGAGAACCUGCUCCGCGUGGCCAAAACCUCGCUCGGCUCCAAGAUCGUGUCGAAAGCCCACGACCAAUUCGCCACCAUGGCCGUAGAAGCCGUGCUCUCCGUCGCCGACCUCGAGCGCAAAGACGUCGAUUUCGAAUUGAUCAAAGUCGACGGCAAAGUCGGUGGAUCGCUCGAAGACUCCCUCCUCGUGAAUGGGGUAAUAGUCGACAAAGACUUCUCGCACCCGCAAAUGCCGUCCGAGGUGAAAGAUGCGAAGCUAGCAAUUCUGACCUGCGCCUUCGAACCCCCGAAACCGAAAACGAAACACAAGCUUGAUAUCACCAGCGUGGCCGAAUUCCGCGAACUGCAGAAAUACGAACAAACGAAAUUCGCGGAAAUGAUUCAGCAGAUCAAGGACACGGGCGCCAACGUCGUCAUCUGCCAAUGGGGUUUCGACGACGAAGCGAAUCAUUUACUCCUGACCAACAACCUCCCCGCCGUGCGAUGGGUAGGCGGGCCCGAGAUCGAAUUAAUCGCCAUCGCGACGAAUGGACGCAUCGUCCCUCGAUUUGAGGACCUGAGUGCGGCGAAAUUGGGCAAAGCGGGCAUUGUCCGCGAAAUGUCCUUUGGCACCACGAGGGAGAAGAUGCUAGUAAUCGAGGAGUGCGCCAAUAGUCGCGCCGUGACGUGUUUCCUCCGCGGCUCAAACAAAAUGAUCAUCGAUGAGGCCAAGCGCUCCCUCCACGACGCCUUGUGCGUGGUCAGGAAUCUGGUGAAAGAUAAUAGGAUCGUGUACGGUGGCGGAGCGGCGGAGAUCGCGUGUUCGCUUGCGGUGGAGGAGGCGGCGUUGAGGGAGAAGGGGGUGGAACAGUAUUGUAUGAGGGGGUUUGCGGAGGCGUUGGAGGCUGUGCCGAUGGCGUUGGCGGAGAAUUCGGGGUUGAGGGGGUUGGAGACGCUGGCGGAGAUUAAGGCUCUGCAGGCGAAGGGGGGAGAGGGGAGUGGGAGGGGGAGGUUGGGGGUGGAUUGUUUGCAGACGGGGAGUCUUGACAUGAAGAAGAAUUUCGUCAUUGAUCCGUUGAUUUCGAAAAGGCAGCAGUUGUUGCUUGCCACGCAGUUGUGUCGGAUGGUGCUCAAGGUCAAUAAUGUUAUUAUUGCGGGCAGUGAUGAGAAUGAUUUUUAA